AUCGAGGAAAGUUAAGUAGGCAGGAAGCAAUAGAGAAAAGGUGAGAAAUUAGCUGAUAUGGCUGACAGAGCAUCAUCCUUGAAGAUCGGAAUUGUGGGAUAUGGACAUUUGGGUCAAUUUCUUGUUGAGAAGAUCCAAAAAGAAGGGCCUGAGGUGGGUCUCCAGCUGGCAUAUGUUUGGAACCGAAAUCCAGAAAAACUUAAAGACUCUGUGCCCAAAGAUCUUAUUUUAAAUGACCUCUCAGAUUUCACACACAGGGAUGCUAAUGUAAUAGUGGAAGUGUGUCAUCCACAGAUAGUUAAAGACUUUGGGUCAACAUUUCUGUCACAUGCUCACUUCCUGGUGGGCAGUCCAUCUGCACUCUCUGAACCCCAGCUUGAACAGGAACUCUGCACAGCUGCAAAGCAUCAUGGGAGAACACUCUAUAUACCCAGUGGUGCAUUAUGGGGUGGACAAGAUAUUCAAAGAAUGAAUGCAAAUGGGACUUUGAAGGCGCUCUCCAUUCGAAUGUCUAAGCAUCCUUCUUGUUUCCGCCUGACUGGCGGUCCGCUCACUGAUUGGACAGAGGGAGAAGGGAGGCGGGUCUUGUUCCAUGGCUCAGUAGCAGAACUCUGCCCCAUUGCUCCAAACAAUGUGAACACCAUGGCGGCGGCAGCAAUAGCAGCAUCAAAGUUGGGUUUCCGUGGGGUUACCGGAGAGAUAGUAUCAGACACUGCUCUGGCUGACUAUCACAUUGUAGAAGUUGAAGCAACUGGUCCAGAUGGGUUCACGGUAAAAACGGUUCGAAAGAACCCAGCCAAACUGGGAGCUGUUACAGGCAAUGCCACGUACAAUUCAUUCUGGAGCAGUUUACUGGUUUGCAGGGGUCAUGGUGGGACAGUAUAUCUGUGCUGAUGACUGGACUGCAGACAUAAACGCAUGUUUCUUUGGGUCAACUAAAGAAAACUAGUAGCAUUUAAAGCGUUGAAGAAACAGAUAGUGAAAAUAAAUACAGGUGUCAUUUAAAUAAUGUUUGAGACUUUAAUGCCAAUUCUACAGCAAGCGACAAACUCAAACAGUUUGCUGGUGUAUAUUUGUUACAGUAACAAUGAUGCUCCAGUGUACUGACUGGCUUAGCUUUAGCUACAUCAAGCUCAUAUAAACUAUUUCAUGACAACUGGGAAAAUAACGGAAUAAUCAUUAUGCCUGGGUCAACAGACCAAUUGAGAAGACAUCAACACUGGUCCAGAAGCACUUCCUGUUUAAGUUUUUAUUUUAUUCGUUUUUAUUUCACAUAUUAAGUCUUCAAGAUAUUUGUUUGACAUUUCGAUUCAAUUUUAAAAUGUUCCGUUUAUAUUUUGUUCUAACGUUUGUGUAACGCAUACAAAUGAAACAGGAAAUGCAUCUGGGAGUUCUUUACGUCUUGUAAAAUGGUCUAUAUAAUACAGUGAAGAGAAAUCUGGAGGGUAUAAAUAAUCAAAUAUAACUUUUUAAAUGGGAUAUCAUUUUUUUAAGAAUUCUGUAAAGUUCACAUUCACAAUAAAGAUCUACUUAUAAA